GCCCGCACCAAACUUCGUUCUUUGAAGACUUACCUUCAGACAUGCAGAUCUGAACUUUUGAAAGAACUUCACAGACUUCUGAACGGCCAUGAACACCUCUACCAACAUGUUCACCAGUAUUCAAUUGAGGACCUGGUCUCAGUUCCUUCUGGUUCCCUGCUAAAAACCCUGAACAAGAGCAUAACCUUUGCGGUGGACCACGUAAGGUCGUGCCCCCUGUGCAGUCAGAAGGGCUUCUACUGCGAGAUCUGUCGGGCCGAUAAGAUCAUCUACCCCUUUGAAGUUGACAAUACAGUUAGGUGUCCUAGCUGCAAAGCCCUCUACCACGCCUCCUGCAAAACGCCUCAAGUUUCCUGUCCGAAAUGUCUGCGA